CAGCAAAAUCUCCAAUAUUCCGGAGGAUCCCAGGCAACCACCUUCUUGUAAUAAUCCCUCGCCUUGUCUUGUAAUAACUGAUACUUAGUGUCCCUCUAAUUACCAUCAAUGCAAAUCACUGUGUUCUUUUCCAAAGGGAAACACAAUGUCCUACAAACAGGACACCCGUCCUGAUCAAAAGAGCAGCCAAAGCACCUUUUUUAUCAGCUGCUUCAAAAAGUAUUCUGCCGCGCACUAAAGGCUCGAUCUCCUGCAGAGCCUGCAGACUCCAUUCCCUCAGUGAAAGCUUUGCUUCGAAAGAGCUCUACUGCCAUGGAAGCAGGAGAUGAGGAGAGACCCCUCCUUCAUCUCCAUCCUUCUCCUCAGUCAUGUCAUGCAGGGUGCAACUUCAGAAUAUACAAGAGAUGGAUCAGUUGAUAUCAACAAGCAGCCUGCUCUCAAGCACAGCACAGGGAAAUGGAGGGCAUGCUUCCUCAUCUUAGGUGUUGAGUUCUGCGAGUGCAUGGCUUUCUUCACAAUCUCAAAGAACUUGGUGACCUAUCUCACCGCUGUUCUCCACGAAAGCAAAGUCACUGCAGCCAGGAAUAUGUCCGCCUGGGUCGGAGCUUGCUUCUUCACGCCACUUUUUGGGGGUUUCAUUGCAGACACUUACUGGGGGAGAUACUGGACAAUUGUCGGUUUCUUCCCACUUUAUGUGGUUGCAAUGGUCGUUCUUAUAGCCUCUGCAUCCCUUCCCAUAUUCUCAACAUCUUCUGACCAUGGGGGCAGCGUUCAUCGAGCAUUCGUUUACCUUGGAAUGUACAUCGCUGCCAUUGCCAGCGGUGGUGUCAAGCCAUGCACGUCAUCCUUUGGGGCUGACCAAUUUGACACCAAUGACCAUGCAGAGCUGGUGACCAAGGGCUCCUUCUUCAGCUGGUACUUCUUCUUGAUCAACACCAGCAACCUGCUGUCUGGAACUGUGAUUGUUUGGCUGCAGGACAAUGUUGGGUGGGCAGUCAGCUACGUCAUACCGACAGUGCUCAUGCUCAUCUGUUUCCCUGCAUUUUUAGCUGGCUCCAGGGUAUACAGGUUUCGGAAAAUGGGAGUAAGCCCCCUUACGAGCAUACUUCAAGUGGUUGUUGCAGCUGUCAGGAAGUGGCAUAUCAAACUGCCGGAUGAUAGCUCUCUUCUAUAUGAGCCUUCUGGAACUGACGCAAGUUACAAAAUCGAGCAUACCAAUGAAUUCAGGUUCUUCGACAAGGCUGCUAUUGUAUCGGCUCCAUCAGACAACGAAUCCACGGUGCCACUGUGCUCAUGGAGGCUCUGCACAGUGACACAGGUUGAGGAGCUGAAGAUGCUGCUGCGGAUGUCACCCAUCUGGGCAUCUUUCGUUAUCGUCUACGCGGUCGACGCGCAGAUGCCAUCGACGUUGGUUGAGCAGCGCAUGUUCAUGGAUAACCGUGUUGGCUCCUUCACCAUCCCACCUGCGUCUAUGUCCGUCGUCGGAGUGAUCAGUUGCCUGGUCUGGGUCCCUAUCUACGAAAUGGCACUGGUGCCGCUCGCACGACGCUUCACUGGCAAGGAAAAGGGCUUCUCCCAAGCACAGCGCCUCGGGAUCGGCCUAGCGCUGUCCAUGCUCACCAUGGUGUACGCAGCGCUGCUCGAGACGAGGAGGCUAGCGGUGGCGGAGGCCAGCGGCAUGAGAGAUCCGGAUGCGCCUGUGCCAAUGAGCAUCCUGUGGCAGGUGCCGCUCCAUGUCGUCCACGGCGCAGCCCAGGUGUUUGCCGGCGUCGGCGCGACCGAGUUUUUCUACGACCAGUCCCCCGAGACCAUGAAGAGCCUGUGCGCAGCGCUCGGACAGCUGGCGCUAGCGUUUGCGUCCUACAUGAACUCACUCUUGCUCAGCAUUGUCGCAGUGGCAACAACACGCCGCUGAGCGCCUGGGUGGAUUCCAGAUAACCUGAACCAAGGCCACCUGGACUAUUUCUUCUGGAUGAUAGCCACUCUUAGCUUACUGAAUGUGGCUCUGUUUGUGCGUUACUCGAUGAGGCAUACACUAAAGAUGGCUGCUUGUUGAUGAAAGAGGUGUAUCAUGUUACAGGGUCAGGUAGGAGCUGUACAGUAUCUUAACCUCAUCACCUGUCAUGAAUACAACCUGGACAUAUAUAAUGUGCAGAGAUACUAGUCAAUGAUUAAGUAUUUUUGUAAGGUAAGUAUUUUAUUUUUCUUUUCUGUGUCUAAACUGACACAUGAGUA